AUGCAGAAAGGCGCGUUCAAAUUUACCCUGGGGGAGGCGGGGACGGCCGUUGACCCCACUCCUCCGCCGACCGUUAACCGCCCAUGCGUUCAAAUGGCCGCCGCCUGCGAGGGCGGCCGCGACGCGGACUCGCGCUACGCCAACCUCUUCAGGAAGCUGGACCUCAACGAGGAUGGGCGGGUGGACAUCGCCGAGCUGCAGACGGGGCUGCGCGCCAUGGGCAUCCCCCUGGGCAAGGAGGCCGAGGAGAAAAUUUUCAAAGCUGGAGAUACUAACCAGGAUGGGCAGCUAGAUUUUGAAGAAUUUAUGCAGUAUCUUAAAGAUCAUGAGAAAAAAAUGAAACUGGCAUUUAAGAGCCUGGACAAAAACAAUGAUGGCAAAAUUGAAGCAUCAGAAGUUGUCCAGUCCCUCAAGAUACUGGGUAUAAAUAUUUCGGAAAAACAAGCAGAAAAGAUUCUGCAAAGUAUUGAUGCUGAUGGGACAAUGACAGUGGACUGGAAUGAGUGGAGAGAUCAUUUUAUGUUUAACCCAGCUGCAGAUAUUGAAGAAAUAAUUCGAUAUUGGAAGCAUUCCACUGUAUUGGAUAUAGGAGAUAGUCUGACUAUUCCAGAUGAGUUCACUGAAGAAGAGAAGAAGACCGGGCAGUGGUGGAAACAGCUGCUGGCAGGAGGAGUGGCUGGUGCUGUUUCUCGAACAGGUACAGCACCAUUGGAUCGUCUCAAAGUGAUGAUGCAGGUUCAUGGUUCAAAAUCAAGCAAAAUGAACAUAGCCAGUGGUUUUAAACAGAUGGUGAAAGAAGGUGGUAUCCGCUCUCUUUGGAGGGGGAAUGGUGUAAAUGUUGUGAAAAUAGCUCCUGAAACUGCUAUUAAGUUCUGGGCUUAUGAACAGUACAAGAAGAUACUCAGUAAGGAUGAUGGAAAGUUAGGCACCAUUGAAAGAUUUGUAUCUGGUUCUUUGGCUGGGGCAACAGCACAAACUUCUAUUUAUCCCAUGGAGGUUUUAAAGACCAGAUUGGCUGUGGGUAAAACAGGGCAGUAUUCUGGGAUGUUUGACUGUGCUAAGAAAAUUUUAAAAAGAGAAGGUGUGAAGGCCUUCUACAAAGGUUAUAUUCCUAAUAUUCUGGGGAUAAUUCCUUAUGCUGGCAUUGACCUUGCUGUUUAUGAGCUCUUAAAGACUACAUGGCUAGAACACUAUGCAUCAAGCUCUGCCAACCCAGGUGUUCUUGUAUUGUUGGGAUGUGGUACCAUUUCGAGCACCUGUGGGCAGCUGGCCAGCUACCCUCUGGCUCUUGUCAGAACACGCAUGCAGGCUCAAGCCUCAGUGGAAGGUGCUCCUCAACUAAACAUGGUCGGCCUCUUUCAAAGAAUUAUUGCUACAGAAGGAGUACGAGGACUUUACAGGGGCAUAGCCCCUAAUUUUAUGAAAGUGCUUCCUGCUGUCAGCAUCAGCUAUGUUGUAUAUGAAAAAAUGAAGCAGAACUUGGGAAUAGCAUGAAGUGAAGGAAAAAGGUGAGAUGUUUCUAAUAUUAUUGGAAACACUAGAACAGAAGCUAUUUCUAAAGUAAUCUGUUCUCACAAUUAGAGAUAGAUCUCUGCAGAGAUCCACAACUCUUAUUUUUUUUCCCUAAAGUGGGAAGAAACUUCCUUAAUUUCCAACUCACCAUUUAAGAUACCUAUAUUGCACUUUAAAAUGUCACUGAAUU